UGGCCUUUUUGCGUUCACCUUCUCACCUCAUAACCAGCAGAUGAACGCCCACACCGCUUUCUCCCAGCAAAGGUGGGUCGAGCUAACGGGAGCCUGUGGCUGGUGACCACAAGGCCUCAGUGCAGGGCUCUAGGGAAGCGGGGGUCCUCGCAGCCAACAGCUCCGCGAGGCGCAGGCCCGGUGUUUCCACUGCUGAAGGACAAUAGCUCAUCAAGCCCCACGAAAGCCCCCGGACCCGCCGCGGAGCCUGGGCUGGCGGGGGAUGAGGCUGAGCGACUCCUCCUAGAGGUGGUUAUGUGGAGAAGGAGCAAUCCCUUCUCCCUCCUCCUCCUCCCCCCGCUACUAUCCGCGGCCCGGAGAACUGCCGCUUGCCGCCAUUGACACGCACAGAUACAACCCCAAGAAAGGCAGGAUCCUGCCCGACAUCGGCGGCACGCGGGCCGAACCUGCGGUCGGGAUUGGCGCGCACUAGGCCACCAGGCGCCCGGAGCCCGCGGCGCAGCACCAGCAUUGUAUAAGUACCAAGAGGCCACUCUGCCAGCAAGCUGAAAAGAAAACUGAGGCAAGAUGUCAGGCCGGAGCGGGAAGAAGAAAAUGUCCAAGCUGUCCCGGUCAGCGAGGGCCGGUGUCAUCUUUCCAGUGGGGCGGUUGAUGCGUUACCUGAAAAAAGGGACGUUCAAGUACCGGAUCAGCGUCGGUGCACCCGUCUACAUGGCCGCUGUCAUUGAAUAUCUGGCAGCGGAAAUCCUAGAGUUGGCUGGCAAUGCUGCGAGGGACAACAAGAAGGCCCGAAUAGCCCCCAGACACAUCCUGCUCGCUGUCGCCAACGACGAGGAGCUGAACCAGCUGCUGAAAGGAGUGACCAUCGCCAGUGGGGGUGUCCUGCCGAGAAUUCACCCUGAACUGCUGGCCAAAAAGCGAGGGACCAAAGGCAAGUCAGAAACGAUCCUCUCCCCACCUCCAGAGAAAAGAGGAAGGAAGGCUGCAUCAGGCAAGAAGGGAGGCAAGAAAUCCAAGGCCGCCAAGCCACGGACGUCCAAGAAGUCCAAACCAAAGGACAGCGAUAAAGAAGGAACAUCCAAUUCCACCUCUGAAGAUGGGCCGGGGGAUGGCUUCACCAUCCUGUCUUCGAAGAGCCUUGUUCUGGGGCAGAAGCUAUCCCUGACCCAAAGUGACAUCAGCCAUAUUGGCUCCAUGAGGGUGGAGGGCAUUGUCCACCCAACCACAGCCGAAAUUGACCUCAAGGAAGAGAUAGGUAAAGCCUUGGAAAAGGCCGGGGGUAAAGAGUUUUUGGAAACAGUAAAAGAGCUUCGCAAAUCCCAAGGCCCUUUGGAAGUUGCUGAAGCUGCCGUCAGCCAAUCCAGUGGACUCGCAGCCAAGUUUGUCAUCCACUGUCACAUCCCCCAGUGGGGCUCUGACAAGUGUGAAGAGCAGCUGGAAGAGACCAUCAAAAACUGCCUGUCCGCAGCUGAGGACAAGAAGCUUAAGUCCGUCGCCUUCCCGCCUUUCCCCAGUGGCAGAAACUGCUUUCCCAAACAGACGGCCGCCCAGGUGACCCUCAAGGCCAUCUCGGCCCACUUUGACGACUCGAGCGCGUCCUCGCUGAAGAACGUGUACUUCCUGCUCUUCGACAGCGAGAGCAUCGGCAUCUACGUGCAGGAGAUGGCCAAACUGGACACCAAGUAG